UUGAAGAUGAGCAAAUGGGGUGACCGGUUGAAGAAGGUGGAGCAGCUUGCUCAGUCCUUCCAGCUGAAUCCCCUGACGGCAGCCUACAAACCUCGCUUGUGGCCUUGCCAGCCUUCCUCCGUGUGGAGGCUCUUCCCUCGUCAAAGCAUGGCCAUCGGCUUUGCUCAGAGCUGCAAAGAGGCUGUUCAUGUUUUUGCACUGGAAAAAGAAAAGGCCCUAGAGGGUCAACGGAUUUACCUGGUUACCAGUUACAGUGAGCUCUGGCAUUACUACAGGACGUACACUCAGUCUUUGAUGCACUGCUAUGAAGUGAUUCCAGAGAGUGCUGUCUGCAAACUUUACUUUGACUUGGAGUUCCACAAACCUUCAAACAAAGAUUCUGAGGGCAAAACUAUGGUGUCUAUGCUCAUCCAGUACGUCUGUGAUAGAUUAUUGGAAGUGUAUGGGAUUGAGUGUUCUGCCAGAAAUGUCCUCAACCUAGACUCCAGCACAGAGGAGAAAUUCAGCCGGCAUCUAAUCUUCAGCCUCCAAAAUGCUGCCUUCAAAGACAACAUUCAUGUCGGGAGAUUCAUCCAUGCAAUUCUUCAGCCCAUCCUGAACAGAGUCAAAAGUGGUGGCCAUGUGGAUAAAGGAAUGAAUUCAGAAACCGAAACCAAUGAAACUGGAACACACGUUGACCCUCUGAGCGGUCCAUCAGCGGCAGCUGGGAUGGCCGAGUGUCCACCGAUAAAGAAGCGAAAGCAUGAGGAGAGGGACCUCAGCUUCCUCCUGGUGAAAAGCAAGGAUGGCCGAGACUCUCUUUUUGUUGAUCUUGGGGUGUACACAAAGAACAGAAAUUUCCGGCUGUACAAGUCGUCAAAAGUGGGGAAGAACACUGCGUUCACAGUGGCAGAAGACAACCAGUUUACUCCCAAGCCUGAGAAAGGAGUCUCUUCAGAGGAAUGUGUUUUCCUGGCAUCAUUAGUGUGUAAUGUGAGUUUCACAGGUCAGAGAAUCCUCACCUGGGACAUCCCAGAAACAAAUGAGCAUAAAUCCUCAGCCCCUCACUGUCAGCAGGAAUCAGAUUCAUGUCCAGGCACAUUUUCUGGUUGCCUAUCAUCCCCUCACCAAGAAGUGGACCGAUUUGUAUUGACUUUGGUUCAAAAGGAUGGAGUUCAAGGAAGCAUAAGACGAUGGAACUACUUUGCCGCGGAGCAGCUUCUGGUCUACGACAUCGCCAAAUACCGCUGGUGUGAAAAUGUGGGGAGGUUUCACAAAAGCAACAACAUCAUGAUUGUUGUGGAUUUUAAAGAGGAAGUCUGGUAUCAGAAGUGUCAUGACCCUGACUGCAGGAACUUCAGGUCCUCAAGUUAUCCACUGCCACAACAGAUCUGUGUUAGCUACAUCCUGGCACUGCAGCAAGCGAUCACACCUACUGUUCUCUCACAGGACGAAGAGGAUCAGGCUUAUUUGAUGGAUGAUGCCGGUAAUUUUGAACUCUGCCAGGAACCAAAACAAGCCCCUCAGAGCAUGGCGUUCCCAGAGAGGAGGAGCCUGGACGAAUGGGGAGAUGACCAGGACUAUUUAGAGAGUCUGGAUGGCUUUGAACACAACACGGGGGAGAUCUCAGACCAAAUUCUGCUCACGUGUAUGUCGGAGUUUGACUCCCAGUAG